AUGGCAGGUCUUUUGCCAAGAGCAUACGGCGGUGUUCUUAGGAGAAGUUAUAUAUAUCUGGGGUCACAGUGCUCGAAUUCUGUUUCUAGGUUGACUGUUGGUUCAACUUUCCGACUAGUUAGGAUGAAAUCUUGGGGAACCAGUAAGUUUCAUACUAAUGGUUCUCCGGUUUUGAAUGAGAUAAAGAAAAUAUCAAAAUCUAAUGGUAUUACAAUUAUCAAUCCUCUCGUUAAUAAGGUAACUACUAAUAAUGUAUCAACCUCUUCGAAUGGUAAGGCAGCAGUGGCUGCAGCCACUGCUGCUACUGCUGUUAGUUUAGGAUCUACUGGGCAGGAUGAUGCUUUGUCAAGAAAUACAGAUUUCUUACAUAUACAAAAUAUUCUAUUACAAAAAAACCAGGAUCGUAUGAAUAAGCAAAAAUUAUUAAGUGAAGCAACGAACUUUUAUGAAAGGUUUAAGAUCAAUACAAAAUGGUUGUUGAUUAGAGGGAAUAGGCCGUUUUCAGCUGAUGAAAUUGGGACUUUGUUUUCUUGGAUUAUACUGUCACAGAUUCUAUGGAUUAUUCUGGGGACAACUACUUUUGUAUCGAUAUUACUUAUCAUAUUCAAUACUGUUUUUGCUAAGGAAAUGGUAGGAAACGUAGUAGGGAAACUUUUGAAUAUCUUUCUUGAUGGCAUAGAUGUAAAAUUUCAAGAUGCGUUGGUUCCUGAAUGGAGAAAAGGGUGUAUACGAUUCAAUAAUGUUCAGUUGAGAACUCAUCCACUCCAAGCCAGUGAACCAGAAAAUAUUAAUGAUUAUAAUGAACUUGUAAAUAAUAUGAUCGAAUUUGACUUAAAAUUGCACCAAAUAGAAUUAUCCUUAUCUUUGAAAAAAUGGUUGCUAGGUAACGGUUUAAUACAAGAUUUGACCAUAAUGGGGAUGAGAGGCAAUAUCACUGUGACUCCUGUGUCAUUAGAGAACAAAAUUGAUGAUAAUCAACGUGUAAAUUUGAUAGAUUGGUUUUCUAAUCCGUACUAUCAUUUGGGAAAUGUUAAGGUAACAGACUCUUCGAUUAUUCUGCAUGACAACCAAUUGAGUAAAGAUUUUAAAGUAUCUAUAUAUAAUUUAGAUAUGCCUCAAUUACGAUUCCAAUGGAUUAUAAAUGAUUUCUUAAGUUCAAAUGUUGUCGACGGUUCUAUCAAUCACUCUUUGUUCAAUAUUCAUAAAAGACAGCAUAAAUUGGCCUAUAUCAAAGAUUUGGAGAACGAUUUAUCUGAUUGGAAACGUAUCACUAGAAUAAGGUUAGAUUCCAUCGAUGUGAAAAAAUUGGGUUUAAAUAACUCUAAUGCUUUUAAUUGGAUGGAUGAUGGGCAAUUGGAUAUUAUCGCAGAUGUUAUGUUACCAAACGAACAAGAAAAUGAACCUGAUUUUGACUUUACUCGUAAUAAGAAGGAGCACAUGUCCAAAAGUAAUAACAAAUAUGUUGUGUUGGACUUAAAAUUCAGGUUCAAAGAUUUGAAAGCAAUUUUCCCCGAUCGAGCACCUCGUUUGUCUAAUGGUGAAGAAAUUCUUUCCUUGGAUGAACUGAAGCAGAUUAUUCUAUUCAUAAACAGAAAAUAUGACCUAUACCAUUCAUAUGCCAACUCUUCUUAUAAGAAUACCUUAUGGGAUGCUCCUAAUAUCGCUAUUAAUAAAGCUAAAUCAUUCCCAGUAACUACAGUAUUUCAAUCCAAGAAGGAUUUUUCAAAUGAAGACUCUGAUGAAGAAGAUCGUAAAUUGAAGAAGCAAAUUAUUCGAUUUCACGAUGAUAUAUCAACACCAAAUAAUGAGCUUGUUUUAAGUUGCAAAGUAGUGAAAAAUAUUAAUGAGCUGAAGAAUAUGGUUUUAUUUUGGGAAACUGGUAUAUACGAUUCUUUAAGUAUGGAACUGUACAUUGACCUGAUGAAAAUGGUUGAAGAGUGGGAGUACAAGAAGAAGACUAAUUGGAUGACAGAUUGGGGUUCUUCAGUAGCCUCACAACUAAUAAUUGUAGGAUUUGGAGCUAUGGUUUAA